CUUCCUCGUCUUCCUCUGCAGUGAGGCAGGAUUGGCGGAGUCGUUCGGCGGCCUCAGCCCGAGCCAGGACAGAGGAGCUCUCGGGUUCUUUCCAUCGCGUGGGCUGCAGCCAUGUCCGUGAUGCCCACCCUGUGAAGGUCUGCCACCAUCCGCAAACGUCUCCUCUGUUCCAGUCUUGCCAGCAGACGAUCCGCGGAUCCAUUUUGUUUGCCCUGCUAGGAGCUGCUGUGCAUAAAACUGGCGCCAUGUCCCUACUCUUCCCUCGAUGCAACUCCAUCAUCACAGUCAAGAAGGACAAGAGACACAUGGCUGAGGUGAAUGCGUCCCCACUCAAGCACUUUGUCACUGCCAAGAAGAAGAUCAAUGGCAUCUUCGAGCAGCUAGGAGCCUACAUCCAGGAGAGUGCCACCUUUCUGGAAGAUACCUACAGGAAUGCGGAGCUGGACCCGGUUACAACGGAAGAACAGGUUCUGGAUGUCAAAGGUUACCUGUCUAAAGUGCGGGGCAUCAGUGAGGUGUUGGCCCGGCGGCACAUGAAAGUGGCUUUUUUUGGCCGGACGAGCAAUGGGAAGAGCACGGUGAUCAACGCCAUGUUGUGGGACAAAGUUCUGCCCUCCGGGAUCGGCCACACCACCAACUGCUUCCUGCGGGUAGAGGGCACAGACGGCCAUGAGGCCUUCCUCCUUACUGAGGGCUCCGAGGAGAAGAAGAGCGUGAAGACCGUGAACCAGCUGGCCCACGCCCUCCAUCAGGACGAGCAGCUGCAUGCUGGCAGCCUGGUAAGCGUGAUGUGGCCCAACUCCAAGUGCCCUCUGCUAAAGGACGACCUCGUGCUGAUGGACAGCCCUGGCAUUGAUGUCACCACCGAGCUGGACAGCUGGAUUGACAAAUUUUGCUUGGAUGCAGAUGUGUUUGUGCUCGUGGCCAACUCAGAGUCCACUCUGAUGCAGACGGAAAAGCAAUUCUUCCACAAGGUGAGUGAGCGACUCUCCCGCCCAAAUAUCUUCAUCCUUAACAACCGCUGGGAUGCGUCUGCCUCAGAGCCCGAGUACAUGGAGGAGGUGCGGCGACAGCACAUGGAGCGCUGCACCGGCUUCCUGGUGGACGAGCUGGGUGUGGUGGAUCGGGCCCAGGCCGGGGACCGCAUCUUCUUUGUGUCUGCCAAGGAAGUGCUCAAUGCCAGGAUCCAGAAGGCCCAGGGCAUGCCCGAAGGAGGGGGCGCUCUUGCCGAAGGCUUUCAGGUGCGGAUGUUUGAGUUUCAGAAUUUUGAGAGGAGGUUUGAGGAGUGCAUCUCUCAGUCUGCAGUGAAGACCAAAUUUGAACAGCACACAGUCCGGGCCAAGCAGAUCGCGGAGGCCGUGCGGCUCAUCAUGGACUCUCUGCACAUCGCGGCUCAGGAGCAGCGGGUGUACUGCCUGGAAAUGCGUGAAGAACGGCAAGACCGACUGAGAUUUAUUGACAAGCAGUUGGAGCUCCUGGCUCAGGACUACCGACUGAGAAUCAAGCAAAUUACCGAGGAGGUGGAAAGGCAGGUGUCCACGGCAAUGGCCGAGGAGAUCAGGCGCUUGUCGGUGCUGGUGGACGAGUACCAGAUGGAUUUCCACCCUUCUCCAGUGGUCCUCAAGGUUUAUAAGAAUGAGCUUCAUCGCCAUAUAGAGGAAGGCCUGGGCCGAAAUAUGUCUGACCGCUGCUCCACGGCCAUCACCAACUCCCUGCAGACCAUGCAGCAGGACAUGAUAGAUGGCUUGAAACCCCUCCUUCCGGUGUCCAUGCGGAGCCAGAUAGACAUGCUGGUCCCUCGCCAGUGCUUCUCCCUCAGCUACGACCUCAACUGUGACAAGCUGUGUGCCGACUUUCAGGAGGACAUUGAGUUCCAUUUUUCACUUGGAUGGACCAUGCUGGUGAACAGGUUCCUAGGCCCCAAGAACAGCCGCCGGGCCUUGAUGGGCUACAAUGACCAGGUCCAGCGCCCUGUGCCUCUGACACCAGCUAACCCCAACAUGCCCCCGCUGCCACAGGGCUCGCUCACCCAGGAGGAGCUCAUGGUCUCCAUGGUUACAGGCCUGGCCUCCCUGACAUCAAGGACCUCCAUGGGAAUCUUGGUUGUUGGAGGCGUGGUGUGGAAGGCGGUGGGCUGGCGGCUCAUCGCGCUGUCCUUCGGGCUGUACGGCCUCCUCUAUGUCUACGAGCGUCUCACCUGGACCACCAAGGCCAAGGAGCGGGCCUUUAAGCGCCAGUUUGUGGAGUAUGCCAGUGAGAAGCUGCAGCUCAUCAUCAGCUACACGGGCUCCAACUGCAGCCACCAGGUCCAGCAGGAACUGUCUGGGACCUUUGCUCAUCUCUGCCAGCAAGUGGAUGUCACCCGGGAGAACCUGGAGCAGGAGAUUGGCACCAUGAAUAAGAAAAUCGAGGCACUUGAUGCUCUGCAGAGCAAAGCCAAGCUGCUCAGGAAUAAAGCUGGGUGGCUGGACAGCGAGCUCAACAUGUUCACACACCAGUACCUGCAGCCCAGCAGAUAGUGGGCACCGUGGAGUGGAGCCUGCGCAGAGAAGGGGCAAUGACACCAGCCCCACAGCGCAGCUCUGGUCCUGGCCACUGCCGAAUGAAAGCACCCCUGUGUCAUACCGUUCCCAGCCCUCAGCACUAGUCAUUUCCCCCUCUGCCUGCUCUUGCAGGAAGUUGUGCUCAGUCCUCCAGGGAGACUUUCUGACAGCGCCAUGUGCAGUGUGGGUGGGGUAAGAGCCGGAGCUUGCCUCCACCUCAUCAGCUCCACCUGACAGCAUGAGUCGGUGACUUGAUGAGGUCUCAGGAAGUCAGCACUGCAGGGUGACACACUGGACCUGGCACGCCUAGGCAGACAGCUCCACCUCCCAGUGGCCUGUGCACUACCCUCCUGGCACUCCAGCACGCCUGCAGGGAGGCUGCCCUAGGGGACUGGGCGUAUUCCCAGAAGCAUUAGGCACCGUCCUGAGAAGGCCGUGCAGCUCCGCUGGGUUUGAUCCUCCAGCUGCCGUGUUUCCUCCCAUCUGUCAUGCUCUUCAGGCUUGGGGCCUGAGGCUGAGGCAGGUCCAGUACCCUAGAAGAGGGAAGGGCGCCACAGAGGGUUUUGAGUGGUAAGAGAGCCGAGAAGGGAUUUGGAUGGCAUUGGAUGCAUGUGGUGCUGGGGGAGUGGGAAGCCAUCAUGGGGCAAGGAGGGCCCGUGUCCCUUGCUCUGGGUGGAGCCGUCACCUGGAUGGCCUUGUUUUGUUGUGGUAAAAGCUGGCCUGGACCAAGUGGUUAAAGAAUGUAAAAGGAAGGGUGGGAGUAGGUAAGCGGGAAAUGGGGAAGUGCACCUUGUUCUGCUAAGGGUUCCCGCGCUGUGCCCCAUCCCACUGGCUCCAUAGCGUCCCUGUUGUAACCGGAGACAUGUCCCCAUCCCCUCCCUGCCCUGAGCUGCCCUCAACCACCUGUCCCCCAGACUGCUCCCUGUGCCAUUCUCUGCAGGUGGCUGCAAAACAGUGGGGAGCUCAGUGCCCUCCCUGGCCCUGGAGACCCACAGCCCCCUGCCGAUGGGGUCACAAGUGGGGGCCGGCUUCUGUCCCCAGAUGUUGAGGUCGGAAAGCAGUGUUAGGGAGUGAGACCUUUCCAGCAGGUCAGUCUCGUAGGCAGGCCUCAGCAGGUAGGUGUGUCCUGCUGGCCUUGAGCCCAGCACCAUCCUCUGUGGGGAGAUGAAUCGGUAAUCCUUGUACCUUCUGCGCCUCCACCCUGCAUCUGCUCUGUGGGGUGGGCAGGAGUGCUGGACUUUGUCAAGGGUGACAUGUGACAAUGAGAGCCAUCUGAAUGUGAUACCAGGCCUUGUUGGGGAGCCAUGGGGUUACCCUGCAGCAUGUCAGGAAAUCAGUGUCACAUAAUUCCAAUGAAUUUUGUGCUCUUUUUGAAAAAAAAAAUAGAAUACACAUGAGUUUUUUUCAACCUAGCCCCUGGGGAAUAAAUGAACUAUGAAGCUUCUUGCACAGUCAGAUCUAAGUCUGAAGGAGAGACCCUUUCUGAAGGAAGUGUGGCCGGAAGCACUUUACUUGGAUGCUGCUAGCUCUGUCCUGUUUGUUCACUUGCUGGGGUGCAAGGUGUGCCCGCCAGUCUCCUCUUCGGUGUUUGCCCGAGUUACUCCUGUUUCACUGCUGACCCUACUGGAACCUAAAAUAAAACCUAGUUGGAAACCCU